AUGAGCGAUGAUGAUUCGAUGCUGCUAAAUUUUACCACCAAUGAGGACGCUACAGGAAGUUCCUAUAAACAAGCUGCCAAGGUCACAGGCGGUAGAUGGAAGGAUAGAAGAAGAAUGAAGAUGAAGCUAGACGGCAAGACUGCCUCGAGGAAAAGGAGGGCAAACAGUACAGGAGACCAAGGGUCAGUUCCGGGAAGAGGUGAGAAUUCCGGUAGAAAAAUACAUAAGGAUAAUGCCAAUAGUUCUGAAGAGCAGGAAAAACAUAAAGGUAGAAAUGCUCAUAAUACUCAGGGAAGAAUUCUGCCAGCUGAUUCUCAGUUUGUCUCUUCUCUGUUUACAUCCAACAGAGAGAUUACAACCGCGGUAAACACUAAUAUCCAUGAUGAAAAUGUUGCCAUCAAUCCGUCUAACGCACCAUUGAAAGGUGAUCUGUUUGCGUCUCUAGGCGUCUCUGAUAUCCUUGUUUCUCAUCUGGAGGAAAAAAUGCGUAUCAAAAAGCCUACGAGCAUCCAAAAGCAGGCCAUCCCUCAAAUAAUAGGUAACGCGGGGAAGAACGAUUUUUUCGUUCAUGCUCAAACAGGUUCAGGUAAGACUUUGUCAUAUCUCUUGCCCAUAAUAUCUACUAUUUUGAAUAUGGAAACCCGUGUUGAUCGUACUUCUGGUGCGUUUGCCUUGGUGGUUGCUCCUACGCGUGAAUUGGCAUCGCAAAUAUACCAUGUCUGUUCCAUCCUUGUCUCAUGUUGUCACUAUUUGGUCCCAUGUCUAUUGAUUGGUGGAGAACGUAAGAAAUCGGAAAAAGCUAGAUUACGUAAGGGUUGUAAUUUCAUUAUCGGUACACCAGGUCGAAUUUUGGAUCAUUUGCAAAAUACAAAAGUUAUUAAGGAGCAAUUGAGUCAAUCUUUGAGGUAUAUUGUAUUGGAUGAAGGAGAUAAGUUAAUGGAGUUGGGGUUUGACGAGACAAUCAGCGAAAUUAUUAAGAUUGUUCAUGAUAUUCCCAUCAAUUCCGACAGAUUCCCCAAGCUACCCCAUAAGUUAGUGCACAUGCUAUGUAGUGCUACGCUAACUGAUGGUGUUAAUAGGUUGAGAAAUGUGGCCUUGAAAGAUUACAAAUUGAUUAGCAAUGGUACAAAGAAGGACGCUGAUGUAGUAACGGUAGCACCCGAUCAACUGUUGCAGAGGAUCACUAUUGUCCCGCCCAAGUUGCGUCUUGUCACAUUGGCUGCUACUUUGAACAAUAUUAGCAAAGAUUUCAUCAAUACUGACUCGCAGUCCAGCACGCUGCGUACAAUCGUAUUUGUAUCAUGUUCGGACAGUGUGGAGUUUCAUUAUGACGCAUUUUCCGGAAGUGAUGGGCACCAUAGAAAUUUGACAGGUGAUUCUGUAAGACUACUGACAAAAGGAAACACUAUGUUUCCCUGUUUCUCAGAUUCGAAAGACCCUGAUGUAGUGAUUUAUAAAUUGCACGGUUCUUUAUCUCAACAAACUAGAACCUCCACAUUGCAGCAUUUUGCUCGCGAAAAUGAAGCCACCAAGGGAAAACAUUUGAUCAUGUUUUGUACAGAUGUUGCAAGUAGAGGCCUAGAUCUUCCCCAAGUCGGAUCUGUUAUUGAGUUAGACCCACCAUUUGCUGUUGAAGACCAUUUGCAUAGAGUGGGUCGUACAGCGCGGGCUGGUGAGAAGGGUGAAAGUUUGUUAUUUUUACUUCCUGGCGAAGAGGAAAAAUACAUGGACUACAUUCAGCCUUAUCAUCCGAUGGGUUGGGAAUUAUUGAAGUUUGAUAAAGAAAUACUAAUGCCGGCUUUCAAAGACGUGAAUGUCAAUAGAAAUGAUAAAUUCAUUAGGAAAGAUGAAAAAUCGUCUAAAAAUAAAGAUGUGGGUGAUAAAGAAUAUGAGUGGGAUACGAACGCCACAACAUGGCAUUUGAAUAUAGAAAGACGAGUAGUGGGAGAUUCUGCGUUCAAGAAUUUGGCUGUUAAAGGUUUUAUUAGUCAUGUGAGGGCUUACGCAACACAUAUCUCGCAAGAAAAGAAGUUUUUUAACGUGAAGUUCUUGCAUUUGGGCCAUUUGGCUAAAAGUUUUGGAUUACGUGAGAGGCCUAAGGCUAUGGGAUUGCAAAGUAGUAAGGAUGGUAAUGAAAAGAAGCCAACCAAGGAAAACUCUAAAAAUAAAAUGUUUCGUAUGGCUCGUAUGGCAGAGAAGCAAAUAGCAAGUGAAUUUAACUAUUAA